UUGUAUCAGUGUUUUACUUUCUUUAUAGUCACUGGAUCCCUCUGUCAAGAUGUGGAAAUAAGCGAUGACGACCCCUUUUCUCCAGCUCAUUCAACAUCUAAUAAUGAUUCGCCUGUGAAUGAGAACGACUUCUACAGGGGGUCGCCUGAUAUGAAUGCCAUCUUGUCUUUUAUAAACCCACCAUUGGGCCAUCUGGGGCCCUCAAAUUCGAUAUCUCUUGUGGCAGGGAAGCCAGCAAGUUUUAUUGUGUCAUUGGAGAACAACCAAAAUAGUUCCAACUCGUACUCUCUGCAGAUUCUCGAGGCUGCAUUACAUUAUCCUCGAUACUUUGGCUACCAUAUUCAAAAUUUCACCGUUCAGCGUCUCCAGAACACAUUGGAACCGAAACAACAGGCCAGUCUUCACUACACUUUUAUUCCGGCGGCACAGCUCACCGGACAACACUUUGAUUUGGCUGUCAUUUUAACGUAUCAUGACCAAACCGGCAAAAUUUACUCUCAUGCUCUCUUUAACGAAACCAUUGCGUUUCUGGAAGACGCAGAAGGAAUGGACGUGGAACUAAUGUUCCUCGGGGUGAUGAUAGUUGGCGUCUGUAUUCUUGUUUUGAUUUUUAUUUGGCACUGGAUCUCCAAAAAGGCUAGUAGGCGACCUCCUGGUGGCAAGCCAGCAGCUACUUUCAAUGGGACAGAUGGCACGAAGUUUAACGAAUACGUAACAAGGAAGUCGCCCAGUCAACUCGAUACAGGGAACGGUAAUAUUUUCCUAUUCUUGGUUUCUUCUGAGCGGCAUUUUUGGCACUUGGCCGCAAAUAACAGUUCUCGAAUCCUCUAA